AUGGCUAUUGAUACUUUGACUGGUGCGAACUAUGCUUCGUGGAAGGAUUCUCUUGACCUUACUCUCACACUCAUGGAGUUUGACUGUGCACUAACUGAAAACGCUCCUCCUGCUCUUACUGAUAAGAGUACUAAAGCUGAAAAACUACUCCAUCAAAAGCGGGAGAGAGCUAAUCGCUUGGGAGCCAUUCCUGACGCUGCUACAGCUAAGGAAUAUUUGACUAAUGUGGAGGCUCAAUUCCAAGGGACGUCUAAGGCGCAAGCCAACACCCUCAUUCUGAAAUUGGUGACUACAAAGUAUUAUGGGAUCAGCGGUAUUCGUGAGCACAUCCUGAAAAUGAAUAACAUGGCCCAAAAGCUCAAGGGAUUAAGCAUGGAGAUUAGUGAUGGCUUUCUGGUGCAUUAUAUCAUGACGUCUCUGCCCGCAUCUUAUGAAACAUUCAAAGUCAACUAUAACCUUCAGAAGGACCAAUGGAAGAUGAACGAGUUGAUUGCUAUGUGCGUGCAAGAAUAA